GGGAGGGCGCGCGCGCGGACGUCUGGUUGGUCGAUCGGCCAACGGUCCGUAAGGCGAGCUCGGCGGCGGCGGCGAAACAGGGUGGCGCGCGCGCGGAGGGGCGCCCAUGGUGUGGCCUCAUGUCUAAGACGCUGCGGAGGAAGCGCCACUGGCUCAGCAAGGUGCAGGAGUGCUCCGUGUCCUGGGGGGGCGGCUCCGGCCCAGACCCCGACCUCCUGCGGGGCGGCGCCGAACGCGGAGAGUUCCCUUACCUCGGGGCCCGCCUGCUGACGGUGGCCGAGUCCGGCGGCGGAGCUGGCUCCGUUUUGCUUUCAGGGAAGCCUCCUGCCCCUGGGGAUGUACUGUUGGAGGUAAACGGCACCCCGGUGAGCGGCCUCACUCACCGCGACACCCUAGCCGUCAUCCGCCACUUCAGGGAGCCGGUGCGCUUCAAGACCGUACGACCAGGCAAAGUCAUCAACAAAGAUUUACGUCACUACUUAAGCCUACAGUUUCAAAAAGGUUCAGUUGAUCACAAACUGCAACAGGUUAUCAGAGAUAAUCUUUACUUAAGAACUAUCCCAUGCACUACAAGAGCUCCCAGAGAUGGGGAAGUCCCCGGAGUGGACUAUAAUUUUAUAUCUGUUGAUCAGUUCAAAGCAUUGGAAGAAAGUGGAGCUUUGCUAGAAAGUGGAACAUAUGAUGGUAAUUUCUAUGGCACUCCUAAACCUCCAGCUGAGCCUAGUCCAUUCCAACCUGAUCCAGUGGACCAGGUGCUUUUUGAUAACGAUUUUGACCCAGAAUCUCAAAGAAAAAGAACAACAUCAGUCAGCAAAAUGCAGAAAAUGGACACUUCUCUACCUGAAGAAGAAGAGGAAGAAGAAAAAGUAGCAGUUAAUGAUUGUGGAGGAACAGAAAUCAAAGAGCAACAUUUAGAGUCUUCCGACUGGAUGAAACCUGUUCCUAGUUACAGUCAGACAAAUAGUUCUGUGGAUUUCAAAAACUAUUUUUCAAGGGAAGACAACUUAGAGCCUCUCCCCAAGAACUGGGAGAUGGCCUACACAGACACCGGAAUGAUCUAUUUUAUUGACCACAAUACAAAAACUACCACCUGGCUGGAUCCCCGUCUGUGUAAAAAAGCCAAAGCUCCUGAAGACUGUGAAGAUGGAGAGCUUCCUUAUGGCUGGGAGAAAAUAGAAGACCCUCAGUAUGGAACAUACUAUGUUGAUCACAUCAACCAGAAAACCCAAUUUGAAAAUCCAGUUUUGGAAGCCAAACGGAAAAAACAGCUAGGACAGAGUGAUGGAGGCUCGUCAAAUCCAGAACAAGCAAAAUCUUUCUUUACUCGAGAUCCAUCCCAGUUGAUAGGGGCACUAAUACGGACAUCAUUGAAAAAAAGCACUAUGGGAUUUGGAUUCACAAUAAUUGGUGGAGACAGACCAGAUGAAUUUCUGCAGGUGAAGAAUGUACUAAAGGAUGGACCUGCUGCACAGGAUGGCAAAAUUACAUCAGGUGAUGUCAUUGUAGAUAUAAAUGGUACAUGUGUCCUUGGCCACACCCAUGCUGAUGUUGUCCAGAUGUUUCAAUUAGUUCCCGUCAAUCAGUAUGUGAAUAUGACAUUAUGUCGUGGAUACCCUCUGCCUGAUGAAAGUGAAGAUCCUGUUGUAGAUAUUGUUACAGCCACUCCUGUCUUAAAUGGCCAGCCAGUUACAAAAGGAGAUACCUGUAUACUCAGUCAGGAUUUAAUCCCAGGAACAGUGAUUUUGGAUCACAAUAGUAAAACUGGACAUAUAUUAGUCAAUGGACGCCUGAAUGGUCCUUCAGCAGUAGACUUUGAUGAAGAAAGGGCUGCGGGGUCUUCUUCAGGAUGUUCUCAAGCAGAAAUGGUCACAAUUCCUCUGAUCAAAGGACCUAAAGGUUUUGGAUUUGCAAUAGCUGAUAGCCCUGCAGGACAAAAGGUGAAGAUGAUUUUAGACAGCCAGUGGUGUCAUGGACUUCAGAAAGGGGAUGUAAUUAAGGAGAUUUAUCAUCAGAAUGUACAGAACUUAACACACAUCCAGGUAGUAGAAGUACUGAAGCAAUUUCCAGUUGGAGCAGAGGUGCCACUGCUUAUCCUAAGAGGAGGACCUUCCUCACCUACAAAAACUCCCAAUGUUGUCAAUAGUGAUAAUAAAAUAAAUAAGCAGGAAAAUUCAGGAAGCCUAGAGGCCAUCAGUGAAUCUGUUCCGCAUCCAAUGCCUUUUCCACCUACUUCUGUGAAGUCGUCUUCUCCAAAGCUUGACCCUUCUGAAGUCUAUCUGAAAUCUAAAACUUUGUUUGAAGAUAAACCUCCAAACACAAAGGAUUUAGAUGUGUUCCUUCGAAAGCAAGAAUCUGGAUUUGGUUUCCGGGUUCUUGGAGGAGAUGGUCCAGAUCAGUCAAUCUACAUUGGAGCAAUCAUCCCACUGGGAGCAGCAGAGAAAGAUGGUAGACUCCGUGCUGCUGAUGAGCUUGUAUGCAUUGAUGGAAUCCCAGUGAAAGGGAAAUCACAUAAGCAAGUUCUGGAUUUAAUGACAAGUGCUGCACGAAAUGGGCAGGUGUUGCUGACUGUUCGCAGGAAAAUCUACUUUGGUGCUGAUAAACAACCAGAAGAAGAAAUAACUUCUGAAGUUCCUUUCAUCUCCCAGAGUGGUUCCCCUAGACUCAACCGAGAAGACAUAAUCAAUAAACGGUUCCCAGAAGCCUACGAUGUAGUGCUGCAACGGAAGGAGAAUGAAGGAUUUGGUUUUGUGAUCCUUACCUCAAAGAAUAAACCACCACGUGGUGUGAUUCCUCAUAAGAUUGGACGUGUUAUUGAUGGGAGUCCAGCUGAUCAUUGUGGAAAACUGAAAGUAGGAGAUAGAAUUUCUGCAGUGAAUGGACAGUCAAUCAUAGAAAUGUCACAUGAAACUAUUGUGCAGCUGAUCAAAGAUGCAGGGAAUACUGUCACACUCACUGUUAUUGCUGAAGAAGAGCACCAUGGUCCCCCAUCAGGAGCAAACUCUGCCAAACAGAGUCCAAUUCUACAGCAUCGAGCUCUUGGACCAGCUCCAUCUGCUUCUGUGUCUACUGACAGGAGUGCUGUAGAAGCUGAUGGUGGAAAAGAACAAUGCAACAGUUACAAGCACUUCUCAUUAACAGAAGUUGUUGGGUCUUUUGGAGGGAGCACACCUUCUCAGAAUCCCGGAUGUUACCCAGUAGAACUGGAGAGAAGUCCUCGAGGCUUUGGGUUUAGCCUUCGUGGAGGGAAAGAGUAUAACAUGGGGCUAUUUAUUCUUCGACUUGCUGAGGAUGGGCCUGCCAUUAAAGAUGGGAGAAUUCAUGUUGGUGACCAGAUUGUUGAAAUCAAUGGUGAACCAACACAAGGGAUCACCCAUACUCGAGCCAUUGAAUUGAUUCAGUCUGGAGGAAAUAAAGUUCUUCUUCUUUUGCGACCAGGGACUGGAUUAAUACCAGAUCAUGGUGGUUUGGAUAGUUUUAAUCCAGUAUCCUCAAGUGUAACACACGGUGAACAGACGUCACUUCCCUCAUCACAUUAUGCUUACACAUCUGAAGCAUCUCAUUUGCCAGAAUCGGAAGCUCUAAUGAAAAUUCAGAUGUCUGAGAAACUAGAAGAACUGAAGAACACUGUGCCUGAAAAGAAAAGCACUUUAAUGGAAAACCAUUUGGAGAUUAAGAAUGCAGUUUGUCCACAAAGGCAUGUGAACAAAUGCCUUUAUUUCAUUCCAGAUAAUAAAGUGAUGCACAGUACUGCACAAUUAGCAUCGGGCAAUGCAGCCAGUAAAGGCAGAUCAGCUAGUCCCCAGAGGUUGAGCAAUAGUCACUUCAGAGACCAUAAUCAAGUUCCAUGUGAUAGAUCUAAGAACGGCAAAACUAAACAUACACACGAGAAUUGCUUAGAACACUUUAAGAGUCCAAAAAGAAAUGAAAGUGGUAAUCUGGGAACCUUUGAGAAUGCUGAUAUUGGGAAAGUCCUGGCCAGGGGAAAAAGAGAUCAACCUGUCAGUCCCCAAAAAUAUCCAAAGAGAGAGAGCAGAGAAAAACUGAACAUAGACUUUCAAAGUAAAACAGCUACUGACGAUACAAAUUCUAGUAGGCUGCUAAAAACUGAAAAGAUAAAAUUAGGAGUCAUGAAGGAAAUAACAAAGCCGAAUUUAUCUAUGAAGAACGCAAAAUGUCCUUCAGAGACACCCUAUGCCAAGGCAGGAGAGCAGUUUCUCUUACUUUCUAAGACUAAUCAGCCUGGAAAGAAAAUCUUGGAAGAUGAGAAUAUGAAAAGUUCUAAGCAAUUUGAAAUGUCAGGUCUUCCUGAUGAUUCACUAUUUUCUGCAGAUAAAAACUCUAGACUUGAGGCAGAUGAGCCUGUUUUCCUGAACAAAUUCACAGAUAACUUGGAGCUAGCUGAUAAAACCAAAGACGAUGGGAUUUUCAAAUCUGAGAGCAGUUCUCCAAUAAAGAAAACGAUAGUUCCUGGACCUUGGAAAGUACCAAGUACAAGUCAAGUCACAAAAGCAAUGGGUUUGACUAACAAACGGGUUUGACUGACCAACUUUUUUAAGAACAUAUUUUAAUCAGGUUUUUAAAUGUAGUCAUUAAACUUUUCCCCAGAAAACUCAUUUUUUCCCCUGACACUGUGAUUGACAGAAUGGAAAGUACAAUUGAUCUUUUAUUAGGCUGCAUGAAGGACCUUUUUGGAUUGCGUAUGAGAAACUCUUCAAAAGCUUUGUCCUUUUGUCUCCUUUGAAGAUGGUGUCCUGCUGCUCCUGAUGUUGCACUGCUAAGAUUUUCUGAUAGUAUUGUAUGUUAAUGAACAUUAUUUAAUGCCUAUUAUUAGUGGAUCAUAACUCACUACUUGUUCUUGUGCCAAUUUAUCUACUGUAGCCCAUUGAAUAUUUUCCUGCAUUUUCCACUGCCACAGAAAAGGAUUUUGUUUAAAAUGGGUGUUUACUCAGGCAUGCUGCAUGUUUACAUAGGGAAUACUUCUAAGUUCUCACUGCUGAAGCAAAAGGCUGGGUGGACGUUGUUCUCUUGAUUCUCUGGAGUCAGGAAGCCAACAUACACUCAGCUGCCUUCUUCACAAAUCUAUUCUUUCCUUCCCAAACUUCUCAAUCAGCAAAAUAACUGUAAAAAGGACAGUAGCCCUUUACUGAUAAGUGUGUGAUACCUUACUAUUUUAUUCUAUGGUAAUUUUAUUAUUUUACAUUUGAUACAAAUUAAAUCUGAGAAUUGAGCGGUUUGGAAAUCACGCUUAAUGGGAUGAAACUAUAUGAGAGCAAGGGGUUUUAGGUGCAUAAUCAAAUUAUUUCCUGAUACUUUAUUUUUCUUGUUACAACACAUUUUAACAUUAGAAAUUAAACAUGCAGUGAAUGCAUAUGCUUCUGAGCUUUGUCAUACUGUUUGUCAGAAUUUUCCAUCUGUUGUUGGUUGUUUUUUGUUGAAUGCUGGCUAAAUACUUGAACAUUUGUUGCCUUGCUUGAACAUUUUAAGAUCUUAAAUCCCAGCAAGCAAAAUAAAUCAGAACUUACCGACCAAAGUCAAAUUCUUAAGCAUUGUCCUUGUGCCUAUUAACAGAAGCCCGUUACACUGGCUUCCAAAUUUGUAUAUAAAAAUAUUUCCAAAUUCAAAAGGUCUUUAUGAAACUUUUCCUUUGUUUGUGCAUGGUUAUGAUAAUGGACGGUUAUCAGUAGAACACAUUACUUCUUCAGGGGUGUAGGUCAUUGGAGUGGCAACCUCUAGAACAAUGAACUCCUAUAAUUUUUAAAUAAUUCUAGCAGUGAAUUUGGUUUCCUUUGAAUGGAAUUGAACGAAAGGCAUUUGUCAGUUAAGAAAAAUAAAAAUACAUUUUUAUGGAUCUUAACAGUCCCUGUGGAUAACUUAAAUAAUCCUUUUGCAUUUGCGUGCGUGCAUGUGGAUAUAUAUUUAAGAUGUUUAACUUCUUUAUUGAAUUGGUCUCUUCCAAGUUCCUCAUGCUUUUCAGAUGAGCCAUUUUCUGUUCAUUUUUCUUUUAUCAGAGUACAUAGUACAAGGGUUUUUUUCCCCCUCCCUCCUAUCUUCAAGCCCUUUUUGUCCUACUCUGUCUUUAGUUUUGUAGCUAUCAUGAUUUCCUAAUUCUGUACAUGCUAUAGUAGAACCAUGGCCUGUGAUGUCUAUGUUCAUUGUUUUAUAUUGGCUUGGCAAGUUUGCUUUUCUUCAUAUCUUAGGGAAAGCCUAAACAAAAUUGCAGUACCAUAGUCCUCAUACUAGAAGUAGACAUGUACAUAUUGUGCACACUUGUUUGAUAUUGCCUCCAAGAACUAUUCUGAUGCUAAUAGUCUCCGUUUAUAAUAGUGAAAUGUGUUCCUUUUCACUAUUUUAAACAGACAAAUGUAAGGUUCCUGCUUUUUGCACAAUAGUAUUAAAUCCCAUACUAGCAAGCUCUUCUCAUCAGUAUAUUAAGAGCUCUUUCUUUCUAGGCUGAACCUUGCCUUGCAUGUGCAUAGUUCUGCAACUUGUUAUCUCACUUGCUAGCCACUGAGGACUUUAGAGAUGCUGUUUUCAGAUUUUUGCUUUGCAUUCAGAUUCUGAUUGCUGACAUACAAUUCUCCUUGGUCUCUGAUUUGUUUGUUUUGAAUGUUCCAGAUGUGACAGGAGUAGAGGGGUGCAGAUUUCUAGGACUUUGGCAGUCUCGUAUAAUCUUAAAAUAGAUUGUGAUUUUUGAGUGGGAUUGAAACUUCUGUGAAACUGUGUGCCCUCCUGCACAAUUUCAAGUUUAAACUGUUUCCAAAGAGGAUAUAUCCUGCUACUUUGGAAGUGCUGGUUUUUGUGCAGAUGUUCUUCCUCUAGUGCUGAUCCUUAGCCCAAUUUAUCAGAAGCAAUCAGACCAAUUAACAGAGGAUAUAUCAGCAUGCCAGUCAACUGUUAAAAAGCUCUGGACAGUCCAGAAAGAGCUGUUGGUGAUUAGCAUUUCCUCCCAGGAUGAUCAUAAUGAGGACUAUGAAGAUACUGAGAAUGACUAAUGGAAAGGUUUAGGCCAAAGGCAAACACAGCUUCAACAGGUUAAAGUUACUGAAGCUAUUUUGACCCACAGGUGUAAAAAAUACAGGAAGCGAAAGAGCACAAGGCUACCUAUUCAUAAGAAAUUACUCUUCAUGUGACAACCAGGUAUGAUGACAUUCACAUAAACCAUGGUAGAACAUGAGUUCACCAGUGUGCAAAAUCCAUACGUAAUAGCUCUGAACAAAACUUCUAAGAUUCAUUUGUACUUGGACAUAUAUGACAGAGCUUUCAACUUCUUCAAUAACAUUCUCCCCAUUACAGUUUAUUAAUUACAGUUAUUAAUUCCCCAAUACAGUUUAUAAAUACAGAUUUUUGAAAAUAGUUUGUAUAAUAGUUCACACAAAUUGCAGUUCGGAACAAGGUGAGUUAAAAACUAUUCCUUGGACUUGGACUUCUGAGUAUUUUUUUUUUUGGAAUGAAGCUAUUGAGACAAAACAAUUCAGUUCUAGAAAAUACUUCGAGAAAAAAAAACUUUGUCAUCUGAUACAGCUUUUCAAUGUGUAUUAAUUGUGUGCUCUUAUCAUUUAUGAACUCAAAAGUUACUAUAGGAAGUAUAUGCAAAUAUUGUAGAUUACUGUGAAAAUAUUAAAUAUUUGAGUUAGCCUAUGUAAAUUAACUUGACAAAUAUCAAGAAGCAGCCUUCAAAAAGGUUCUAUAUAUUUUGUCACAAAAACACUAAAUGAAAACUGCAGAAAUAUCAAAAUAAUGAAACUGAAAUAACUUUAUUUUGCCACUAUUCAGAUGCUGUUUACCCAUUUAAUGAUGUGACCUACUUUGUUGUCUUCUGUUUGAUGUGAGCCCUCUUUUCCAGAAACUUUGUAUCUGUACUUAAUUUGAUAAUGACUUAGCAAUGUGGCCUUGGAAUGUUCAGAAAAUAUGGUUGUAUUGGAUGUAAAUGUUUAUUUUGUACAGCACCUUUAUAUAUUCACUUCUCAGAUUCUGAUUAGAAAGAUCUGUAAAUCUCAUUUUUAUAUAGAUACAUUAAAAAGAACAUCUGAUUAAUAACUUU